CCAUUACCUCUGCGCGGCAGACGAUAAUAAGCAUUUCCAAUAAGGAAACGCUUGGUAAAUCAAGCCUUAUUAUAAAGUAUUGACAGAGCUGGACGGAUUAUCAAACUCAUUCCCUGUUUACCUCAGCUAUCUGACAAAGCUGACUUCAUCCGAUAUUUUCCUAACCGAUACGACGCUUCAACCCAGAACGAAAUCGCACAGCACGGACGUACGCGUAACUAACGCAUCAAUACUGUGACAAGCAUUCUACAUAGCUUCUCUCUCUCUGACGCAGUGUUCCAAGAUGGUGGCGAUCGGAGGGACGCCUCUUCAGGAGAAGCUGGGAAUCUGUGCAGCAUCACUGCUGACGUUUCUUUUGGGGAUAUCUGUAAGAGGUGAUUGGCUGCUCUUCCUGACAGGGGUCUGGAAGCACUACCAGGAGGGCAACUAUCCAAACGACAACAACAACGCCACCUCGCCUCCCGAUGUCGCAAUCAGCCCUGGAUUCAGCCUGGAGAAUUACUACCUCAAAAAUAUCUUCCUUAUGUUGGUGGUGUCCAUCUCCAUGUCUUAUCUUACUUUCUUUGGAAUGGCGGGAUAUUUCCAUCACCACUUUUACACAAAGCGACGCGAUAGGCCGCAAGAGUGGAAAUGCCAACCAGAUAAGUUUCUCACUGCAGCAAACGAGAGGCAUGCCUUCAUCAGUGGAGGUGUCAACAUGACGAUCGGCGCAAUCUACUCUGGCACGCUCGCCUGCUAUAUUGUCAACGGAGGUCCGACCAUGUUGUACUACUCCAUUAGCGACUACGGCCUCCCGUAUCUCCUCUGUUCAACAGCAGCCUUCUUCCUCAUGACAGACGGUAUCGCCUAUUACACUCACAAGGCCUGCCAUUGGCCAAUCAUCUAUAAGAAUAUCCACAAAUGGCAUCAUCGCUACCAACAGCCAAUCGUCUACACCGCCGUUGCCAUGCAUCCAAUCGAAUUCAUGACGUUCCAGUUUAUUUUGGCGAUCCCUAUUUUCAUCAUACCCGUCCACGUGUUUAUCUUCCUCGGGAUUGUUUUGUAUAAUUACUAUUAUGGGAUAGUGGAUCAUUCUGGAAUCAAGAUGGAUGCCUUCUGGCCAUGGCAACCGGCGUCCACAUUCCAUGACAACCACCAUAAAUUGUUCCACGUCAACUUCGGCUUCAACACGAAGAUAUUCGAUUGGUAUCACGGCACGUUGGAAAGGAGCGACAGGCGCUAUGGGGAGGACAUCUUCGGUGGGAAAGGUACUCCAAUGACCAAGGUGGACUAGCAUGACAUAUCAUUCGGCGGGAAAGGUGCUCACGCGACCAACGUGGACUAGCCUUUGAUGAUGUCUCGAAGGAUAUGAAUUGUGAAUUUAAUUAACAGCAAAUGUUGCCUGUUACCAUAAAAUGGACAGGGCCUUCUCAAAUCAAAUUAUGUGUUAAACACAAGCUAUUAUGGACGUAUUGUCAGUAAUUCGUGAAAGUGUUUUUGAGUGCCUCUGCCAGAAACAGACGCAGAGCGAGUUGAUUGUUGAACAUUUUGUUCUGCGAUUGAAUGAAUUGUGAAGAACUCUAUUGAAACUAACCACAGGGAUUUUAAGGGGCUUUAAGUAGGUGCGACUUUUUGUGACAUAACGGUUUUAAUCUGUUGUGUGUGCAUGUAGAUGCUUCGCCCACUUGUUUCUAUUCUGACAUAUUCGUUCCUCAAGGAAAGAAGUGCUCAGAGAUUUUCCUGUUUAUCGUAUCAUUUGUUCUUGUCUUUGCAAUGCCCUGAGACCGUGGAGUAUAACUCUACAACGAAGCACUUUACGUUGGCGAUGAAAGUGUGAUGACGGGGUUGCUUGGACAUCCUUUGGAUAUCCACAAGCUGUAGA